AUGGCGGGACAGAAAAAAGCAGAGCCAAAUGCGGGCACCGCAUCCAUCAAGGACGCCCAAGAUGAGCAAGCUCACCAGAAAACAGCUACCGGAGAGAAAACAGCUACCGGAGAGAAAAUAAUGCUUGCUCCUAAUUGGAUGCCUUCCGAUUUUAAUGCAACAUCAUCCCUCUCCAAUUCAUCAUUGUUCUCGGUUUCACCACAGUCGCUGUCGCCAUCAGCAUCCUCAACAUCGGCGGGAAAGCAGGUGCAUCCGGCUACCUUUGUUAAAAAGCUAUAUCUGAUGGUUGAUGAUGUGUCCACCAAUGCCUAUAUUCGAUGGGGAUCUGAUGGGACCACCUUCAUCGUCUUUUAUCCAGAAGAGUUUGCGCGCGAAAUUCUUCCUCGCUUUUUCAAACACAAUAACUUUAGCUCCUUUGUGCGCCAGUUGAAUAUGUAUGGGUUUCACAAGGUGCCGCAUUUCACCGUCAAUCAAAUAUCGUCAUUUGAUAAUCCGGUAGGGCCAAGUGGCGAUAUUUUUUCUCGCUCAUUAUCGCUUUCUUCGUCAACAUAUUUGACUAGCUCUUCGUCGUCUUCCUCAUACACAAGCUCCUGGGAAUUUUCACACGAAAACUUCCGUCGCAACCAAAUGAACCUGCUGUUGAACGUCCGUCGGAAAAUCCAGCAGCCCAAUCACAAUAAUAGCAAUAGCAUGUCCCCAUCGUCGACAUCAAAUGCGCUAUCAAAGCCCAUAUCAGACGGGGCCUUUGCGGGCCCAAUUAUAAACAAUCCCAACCCAGCUGUUCCCUCAAACUUUUACAAUUUAUUUUCAACCUCAGACAUAUCAAAUAGACUGUUGGAAUAUCUCGCCUAUACUGCUGCAGCCUCUGCGGCUACAAAUACGGCGGCCCAGAUUUCCAACGCAACACAACCGCUGAGCAUUGGCGCGGCACCUCUGAAAGAUGCUCAAAUCAAACCGGAAGGAGCGCAGGAAUGUAAU